AUGACAGCUCAAGAUAGAGACAGAGGCGGAGUCAGGGAAACAGAUGGGCUUAUCAGUGCUUCACUGGGCGCCAUGAGACCCCUUGUUGGGAAGCUGGACAUGCUCCUGCUAGCUCCUCCUCAUGGAUGUUCAUCCAAGAAUGUCGUGGACGGGAUGCGCCUCCUGAGAGACGACGUUAAGAAGAUAAGCUCCUACCUAGAUGACCUGACAGAGCUGACGGACCCUCCCCUGAGAGCCAAGUGCUGGAUGAAUGAGGUGCGUGACCUGUCCUAUGACAUGGAGGAUUACAUCGACGGCUUAAUAUUUGGGCAGCCUGAAGAUCCGUCUCUUGUUCCCAACAACAUCAAGAUCACCAGGUCCAUACACAAUAUGUCCAGACAUGUCAAGGCUCCCAAGACUCAGGUUAUUAUUGAAGAAAUGCUGUCAGAAUUCAGGAUGUAUAUCCAGGAGACGAUUGAACGCCACCAGAGGUACUUUCUCCAUUAUUGCAGCACCUUGAGGCAUAGCUGUGCACCCCUUGGCCCUAUGCAUCUUCCAACUACAUAUGAAGAGAGUGAAGACAUAGUAAUCGAUGGCCGGAUGAAUGAAUUUAUCAACUCAGUGGCUAACGACAGGGACCAGCAACUCAAGGUGGUAUGUGUUCUUGGAUCGACUUGUCUUGGUAAAACCACACUCGCGAAAGUGUUGUACAAAAAAAUUGGUAAGAAUUACAGUUGUCGGGCUUUCGUUCGGGUGUCCAAGAAACCUGAUAUGAGAAGAGUUUUCCAUGACAUGUUGUUGCAACUCCAGCGGAAGGAUCCCUCACGAGACUGUAAGGAAGUUGACCUCAUUGAUAAGAUCAAAGAAUUUCUCCAAGAUAAAAGGUAUUUAAUUAUCAUUGAUGAUGUAUGGGCUGCAUCAGUAUGGGAUAUUAUUAAUCAUUCUUUUCCGAAGAGUAAUCAAGGCAGCAGAAUAAUAGCAACUACACAAGUCGAAGAUGUUGCAUUAACAUGUUGCUGUUAUCAGUCAGAGUAUGUUUUUGAGAUGAAACGCCUGGAUGAUGACCACUCCAGAAAGAUUUUCUAUAAUAGAGUUUUUGGGUCUCAAAGUGAUUGCCCUGAGCACUUCAAAGAAGUUUUAAAUGAAAUUAUUGAAUUAUGUGAUGGCUUGCCUUUUGCCAUAAUCAACAUAGCUAGUCUUUUAGCAAGCCAGCCUGCCUUGUCAACUAAUCUAUUGAAGUACAUCCAUCAGUCAUUAAGCUCUUGUUUCUCGGCAUCAGAAAGAAUGAGACAAUCACUAAAUCUUAGCUUCAAUAAUCUUCCUAAGUAUUUGAAGACAUGCUUGCUAUAUCUUAUUAUGUAUCCACUGGGAUAUACAUUCUGCAAUGAUGAUUUGGUGAAGCUAUGGGUGGCAGAAGGAUUUAUCAUUACAACAGAAGGGAAAGACAUGGUGAAAGUUGCACAGCACUAUCUCGAUCAACUUAUUUGCAGAAGAUUAAUCAAUCCUAUAUGUAUCAACUACAACAAUGAGGUCUUGUCCUGUGCAGUUCAUGAUGUGGUAUAUGAUCUUAUUGCAUGCAAGUCUGCAGAGGAGAACUUCAUUGUGGCAAUAGACUACAGUCAAAAGAACGUGUUACUUUCUCAUAAGGUCCGUCGAUUAUCUCUCUUUUCUGGUGAUGCAAGAUAUGCCAGGACACCCAUAAACAUCAGGAAAUCUCAAGUUCGGUCACUUGUUUAUUUUGGAUUAUCUGACUGUAUGCCUUGUAUCAGAGAGUUCAAGCUUCUUCGCGUUCUAAACCUUCAACUAUCCUUCCAUGGUAGCACUUAUGAGACGGUAGAACUCAAUGGGAUUUCAGAACUGUUUCAACUGAGAUAUUUGAAGAUUGCAUGUUGUCGCCCCAUAAUGCUACCAAAGCAUGGGUUGCGAUAUUUGGAAACACUGGAUAUUGCGGAUGCGAUAAUUGCUUUUGUACCAUGGGAUAUCCAUUUCCCACACCUGCUGAAUUUGCACCUCAACGUUCCAGUUCCUGUAAACCUGCUGGAUUGUUCUGGCAAAACGAGGUCUGUUAGUCUGGCUCUCGCAAGACGUGGUAAUCUGAACUACCUGCAGGAUCUUCAUCUUACCAUUCCUUCUACACCUAUUGUCCAUGAUCUUGAGAAAAGUAUGGAAACUCUGGGGUAUAUAAUUGGAGGCGGAGAGCAUGUCGACCUAAAAUCUGUAGUAGUAGCUCAUGGCUCCUCAGUUAAAAAUGGUGUGGUUGUUGCCGCUUCAGAUGUAAUCAUCUCCUGGCCAGAUGGCUUGAUACCUCCACCCCAUCUCGAGAGAUUUGAAUUCUCGUCGCGCACCUGCAUCAUAUUUUCGCGAAUUCCUGUGUGGGUUGGAAAACUGGCCAACUUAUGCAUUUUAAAAAUUGCAGUGAUGGAACUUGAGAUGGGUUGUGUUUAUAAUAUCAGCAGAUUGCCUGCCCUUACUGCUCUGUCGUUGCAUGUGGAGAGAAUGCCUGAUGACAAGAUCAUCUUUGGCAGGGUGUGUUUUUCAGUUCUCAAGCACUUCAAGUUGAGGUUCACGAGCGGUAUAGCUUGGCUAAAAUUUGAGGAAGACGCAAUGCCUAAUCUAUUGAAGCUGAAAUUAGUUUUCAAUGCCAUCCCCCAGAUGGACCAAUACGAACAUGGUAUUAUCAGCAUCGAGCAUAUGCCAAGCCUCAGAGAAAUCUCUGUGAAAUUUAGGGGUAGAACUGCUGGUCGAGAGUAUGCCUUGAUUAGUAAUCAUGAGAGCAAUCCUAGAAUCAUGAAACAAUAUGUGGCUUAUAAUUCCAGUGGUGGCAAAAGUAGAAAUCUCAAACAACAGACAUGUGAGAUUCGUGAGGAAGAACGAGAUGAGAUUGUGGAGGAAGAAAGAGAUGAAUACGAUAAGGAAUUGAAGAGACCAUCUGACAAAAGUGUGGUGGAGUUCGAGCUCGCCGGAAAUACAUAUGAGUCGUUCGUGCGGUAA